AGUUGUGAAGCGAUAGGAACCGACACUGGGUGGCGCAAACAGUGUGAGAGCUUGUACUGAAGAGAACUGGACCUAGUUGUACAAUCUCCAUGGUGAAAAUGUCGGCACUAUCUCGUGGCCAUAGGCAGCAAUGCUACCUGUGCGAUCUGCCUAGAAUGCCAUGGGCCAUGUUGCAUGACUUUUCGGAACCUGUAUGCCGAGGCUGUGUCAACUACGAGGGCGCGGAUCGUAUCGAGCUUGUCAUCGAAACAGCCCGCCAAAUGAAACGUGCCCAUGGCUUCCAGGAUAAUCGGCAGAAUUACAAAUCUCAAUCGUCGGCAAUUACAGGGAGGAACCUUCACGACUCUCUGAAUGGGGCUGCAGUGUCUGCCGAGGCGACGGUUUUGCCUUCCCAUGCCAUCACUGUGACUGCCGCUGCCAUCCCGCGGACAGCUGUGGCUGUGGACCGAUUUACUGUUCACGACGUCCGAUCACGUGCAUUGUUGGAUUAUAGUAACCAGCGCUUACAAGCUCAUAGGAUAGAAGAAGUCCCCCAUGAAGCUACACCAGUUGCCCUCAAUAGAAAAAGCCCAAGUUUAGUCGUCCGAACACCUCCUCUGGCAGCAUUAACUUUAGCACACACCCCUGCACACGUAGCCCUGUCAUCCCCAGCCGGUCGUCAGAACUCCGUAUCGGGCAAGAGACCUAGUGACAGAGAUGAAGAUGAAAAUUCUAAUCAUUCCAGCAGUUCUGAGAGUAGCCACAAACGAAUUUUCCAGGAUGAACACGUCUCAGUCCGACCACCCUUAACUCGAGGAGAUAGUCUUCCAACUGCUGUGAUGGGGAUGCCUUUCGAUGCCAGGUACAAAAAGGAUCACCCCAUGGUUGGACGAAUGUACUCCUUCGAAGGAGCUUCUGUAUCAAGCUUGAGGGCUGCCACUGCUAUAGCAGCUUCUACAAGCGUUUCUAGUCCAUUGGUUACAUCUGCACCUAUUAUGAACAAUCGCUCUACAUCAUCACCAGAGGGCGCUACGCCAGCGACUUCGCAGAAUGGACCAUCACCAAUGGCAGCUCUUAUGUCUGUUGCUGACAAUCUCACUCCUGGAUCACCACGAGGGGCUAUACCUACUUCAGAGCUGGUGUCACAGCCUGGUGGAGCGACUAGGCCAUCACCUGCUGCACGUCAUUCUCCGAAUGUAGCUCCUUCUGGUGCUGGAAAGAAAACAUCUACUGGAGUUCGUCAUAACUCUGGAAAUUCCACCUCGGAAGGGGAAAACAACAACACUAGCACAACCUCUACAACUACAUCUCCCGAUACACACACAGCCGUGGGCCUCAAGUGUACUCUGUGUAACGAGAGGCUGGAGGACACUCAUUUUGUCCAGUGUCCAUCGGUACAGCAUCACAAGUUCUGUUUCCCGUGCUCUCGCGAGAGUAUCAAAGGCCAGGGUGCAGCUAAUGGAAAUGAGGUUUAUUGUCCAAGUGGAGAAAAGUGCCCUCUGGUGGGAUCCAAUGUCCCAUGGGCUUUCAUGCAAGGAGAAAUUGCCACUAUUCUAGGUGAUGAUUUGAAUCCAGGAAAAGGUAAGAAAGAGAGAGAUACCUAAACAACGAAAGAAAAAAAAAAUAGAAAAAAAUUGAAGAAAGUAAUAUACGUGAAUGGAACAGUUUCACAGUUGUUCCCUUUGAAACCCACAUGUGGAAUUCGUGAAAGAAACCACUUCUGCUUUGGUUUUAUGGAAGUAGUAUUUGUUGGCCAAGCAGUUUUUGGAGCUGAAGAAGCCCAAAAAGAGUUAAGGUAAACGAGUCGAAUUCCCUUGGGCUUUUUGGUAGACCUAUGAUUGGUCUUUUGGAGAAAAUUUUAAAAGCGAAAUAUGAGAAGAGAGAAAAUGACUUCAGAAAGAAAGGUUUUCCGUUUAAAGGAAUAAAAAUGUGUUUGAAAAAGAGACCCACGACGAUAGCCCGUCUCCAUGUUUUUUUCUGUCCUUGUUACAAUUCAAUUUAAAGAGGAUUAUUAUGAUUUAUAUCCGAUUGCUAAUCACAUUAUCACGUAUUGUAGGAACUUUUCCUUAUUGUUGUUUGAAUGUACGUUUAACGUUUUCGCCUGGAAAUUGUUGUUUGAAUAUCGAUUGGUAGAUACUUCGCUAAUAAGCAUAAAUACAUUCUGGAAAGUUGUAUAUUUUGUGCCUGUAUUGUUGUAAUGGUCUUUUGUGUGUGUGAAGUUGUGGUGUCCAGAUCUUGAAAUGUUAUUUGCGGAGUUCUAUCACUGAAAAUUUCCACUUGUUGCCAAACGUUAUAUUCUCUUUAUUAACAUCCCUUUUUUGCGGUAAAAAACAAACAAACUGUAUCACAGAAUGUAAUAGAAAUUGGUUUUAACGCGAACGCAUUUCUGGUGUGUUUCUACUAGUCAUGUCAGUUUCGACCUCGAAGCUAACGUUAUUUGAUUUUUGUUACAACUAUUUAGUUGGUUUUUUUUUCAGCAACUACUCGUAUUGGUCAUGAAUGUAAAUAAAGUUAAAGAAAAAUA